GCCUCGGGCGCGAGAGAGCCGGACUGGAGCUACGGCUGUACCUGUAGGCCGUGAGAGAGAGCCGGGAGGGCGGCCGGACGGGUAGGAGAGAGGCUGGGGCUUAGCGCUCGGUGCCGGGUGCUCAUCGCUGGGAACGGAGCCCCGCGCUGAGCUAGAAUCAUAGGAGAGUGGGAAGGGAUACGUGAGGAUCGAGUCCCAGUGGAAACAUGAAGAAAUUAAAGCUCAAAGAACUGGAAAGCUGCCUGCAGCAGGUCGAUACCUUUGGAAGUCCAAAAGUGCUCCUUGAGCAGUACCCGACAAGACCCCACAUCGCAGCAUGUAUGCUGUACACAAUUCACAAUACUUUUGAUGAUAUUGAAAACAAAACAGUUGCAGAUUUAGGAUGUGGCUGUGGCAUGCUCAGCAUUGGAAGUGCAAUGUUGGGAGCAGGAUUGUGUGUUGGAUUUGACAUAGAUGCAGAGGCAUUGAAAAUAUUCAACAGUAACCUUGAAGACUUUGAGCUCACAAACAUUGAUGUGGUUCAGUGUGAUGUCUCCUCUUUACCAGACAGCAUGUGGGAGACUUUUGACACAGUUAUCAUGAAUCCUCCUUUUGGUACCAAACAUAAUAAAGGGAUGGAUAUGAUCUUUCUGAAAACCGCUUUACAAAUGGCAAAAACAGCUGUCUAUUCCCUUCACAAGACUUCAACAAGGCAGCAUAUUCAGAAGAAAGCAGAUGAAUGGGAAGUGAAGAUGGAAGUCAUAGCAGAACUUAGAUAUGACCUACCAGCAUCAUACAAGUUCCAUAAGAAGAAAUCAGUAAGUAUAAAACCUAACACAAGUGAGAAGAAAGCAUCUUGUAUGAGGGCAACUGAAUUCCAGUGAAAGAACCUAAGUUUUAGGCUCAUACCUACUGGAUGAUUCAUAGAAUUUGAGAAAAGUUUCUUAUGGCGGCAGUAAGUUCCAUUGCUGUUACUACUUAAUGGUUGAACAGAGGGGUCAGCAAUGAGCAGUUUUCAGUUCCGAAUUUAUUGGUAGCUACUAUGUAAUAUCACUUUGAGAUUAUGAAGUCAGGAACCUUUUACAUUUGAAUGGGAUGCCAGAGAAUUUGAGAGCAUUAACAGUAUAAACAAAACUAUACAUACAAAAGAGUUUUCCAGAGUGGCAUCUUAAGAAUAAGCAUGCUGCUUUAACAACAACAAGAAGUUGUAACCCAAUGAAAUGAAGGUCUCUUCUCAUUAUAGGUUGACAUUGAAGUGGAUUUCAUUAGAUUUUCUACCAGAAACUCCUGAACUGAAGCAUGUCUUUAAAACCUAUUUAAAAUGAACUAAUAAAAACAAUGGUAUUUUUACUUUAGUA